AGUAUGAAUAUGCAACCGCAGCCGCUCUUUGGGCUCAAAUCGCUGUGGCAAAUACUCACCAGCGAUGGCAGCCUCCCCAAGUCUUUAGUAGUGAGUGCCAUGGAGAAUUUUCUCGAACUCCUAAAGUGUCCCCAGUUCAUGGCUCUGAGGUGCACGUACCUGCUGCGUUGUGUGCACACCCUGAAGGCCCACGCCUCCAGCACGUCCGAAAAUUAUAUAAAUAGCACCAGCGAUACCCUCGCCCUGGCCAAGCACACCUCCAUGAACCACGGGCACAUGCUAGUCACUACCACCGUGUGCGAAGCCUUAAAGCGGAUCAUAGACGAGUGUGAAUGGGACGAAAGCGAUGUGCUGACAGACGGCGCCGGUGGGGCGAGUGGCCUGGAUGUGAGUCAGGACACAGGGCCGGAGACCACCCCUUCUGGCCUGGUCGGUGGCGGAGAUGCUGCGGAAGGGCUGAGCGCAGAGGCCGUCGAAAAGGAACGGAGUGCGUUCAGGCUGUUGAUGAGAUGUAGCUCACAGAGUGAGGUGCUGGGUGUGUUGCAGGACGCGUACAAUGUGGUCAGUGAGGUGGUUAGCGGCGUGGAGAG